AUGCCUGCGUCUUACGCUGUUUAUAAGCUCAAGUCCCAUCUUGCUAUGCAGGACCCUGAUAUGCCCAGUCCUCGCUUCCACACCGUCAUUUUCGUCGAGACCACUGCCCAAGGCGGUGUGAAGUAUCACGUCACUGGCGACAUUGUUCAAGGCAUGCACUACGAGUCCGAGGCAUGCCAUUACCCUUUAACAUCCGAAACGCUUCAUUCCAAAGAGCUCCUCGGCUACACGUCUGCCUCAGACUUUUCCACCAAGUUUGAGAAUCUGCUCAAAACCCUUCCUCCACCUCCAAAGCAGAAGGCUUUCAAUACGAAAACUUUGAAGACGGAGCCUGUCAAGUCUUGGAACCCGGUGACCUUUUACGAGCCUGGAGAAGCGCGUACUCCGUUAAGGAAGUGUACAGAGUGGACGGAGCAGCAGGCGAUUCCCGCUCUUCAAAAGGCCGGCCUGAUUUGGUCAUAA